AUGCUUUCUCUUACAGUCUUGUUUUACUGCGUCAAGAAAAUGCCCCGAGUGAUCGUGGGAAUUCUCAACGUCAUUACCAUUUUUUUACUGGUUUUUCUCCUGCUGGGCACUUACAAUACGUCUCACACUUCGACUUAUUUGACCCGCUUCAAAUUCAAUCCAGAAUCCCCGUUAUUUAAUGUGAUAACCUCUUCUCUAGAGUCGUCAAAUUCCACCCGAAACCUACAAAACGUCGAAAUCACUUCCGGAUAUCUGGGCGUCUGCAUCCAAAACUUGCCCAAGAGUUACAGCACCGAAUCUAGUGUAUGCUUUAAUCGCAAAAAGAUCUCUACAGUCGACCUUUACGAUCAACUCGCAGUUAAAGUGUUCAAUUUCAAAUCUACAAAUUCCACUGAUAACUCCCAAUCCUCGGCUCUCAACAUCCUGGACUUGGCACAAACGCUCUCUGUGAACACCAACCAUCCUUAUCUCCUCAUGGCGACAAUCAUAAUGUCUAUCGCCAUGUUUGGACUCACACUCUACGCUACAAUCCCUAAAUUACCUGCCAAAUUCUACAUUAACCGAUUUUUACUACUUUUGAGUCCACUGUUGGCCCUCAUUUGGGGGUUAGGUUCCAUGUGGGCACACGUCGCAAUGCAUUCUGCUACUGAGCUUAUUCCAAGGGCUUCAAUGGGAAUUAUCAACGCCAAUUCGAGCCCGAAAGCAUCUUCAAUGGCCUGGUGUUCGUUCGCAUUUAUGUGCAUAAACUGCCUCAUAAUUUGGGCAAUCUAUUUCAGAGACAGAGCAUCACUGAGUCGUAAGGUCGACGAUGUCAAUAGUCGAUCCACAUGCUCCCACAAGUAUCCAAGCGAUAACUCACUGUCGUCUUAUUCGGUUUAA